AUGAUAAAGCAUUUGAUGACAGUGAGAUAUAGAAUAAACAAUAACGAAACCGUUUUUCAUUGUACUUUCACACAUUGUCCUUUUGUAAAACCUGAUACUUCAUGAAAAACGUAUUUAAUUUUAUUAAUUUCAUAACCAAAACGGGAAAUGUUCAACGUUUUAAAAAUGUAAAAGUACUAAAUUAAUGCAAUUUACCCUCAAUUUAACAGGAUACUUCUAGUUCAGUUACGUAAAUUUGCUAGGACUGGGCGGUAACCUUGUGAUAAAUUCGCGGGAAGUUAAAAUAUCAACAGGGUUUGAACAGCACGAUAUAUCGUACUUUAUUCUGUGGAUAAGAGCAUCAUGUCUAGGAAUUCAUCGGCUGGGCCCAAGAGUCUCCUUAAUCUUACGGAUCCUUCUGAAAUGUUAGAAGAAAUCGAAGUACAAAUUGACGAGGCGGCAGUUUCCUUGACUAAAGUCCUGGAGUCUACAACUGCAUUGUCAACUGAAGUGGCAAGCUUGGCAGAGAAGUGUUCUGCAAACGCUCAGUUCUUGAAAGCUUGGAGGGAUUUUUUAAAAGAGGGCUAUGGGUCUCUGCAGCCUAACAACUAAAUGAGAACAGGACCGCGAAAGAUUGUCAAAUGAAGAUGAAUGAAAUCUGAUGCAAACAUAAGUUUUAUAAAGGUUUGACAACAGAGUGGAAAAAUAAAGCAAUACACGGAGAUCAUUAAAGAAAACUAUCUUAAUAAAUGUGUAUUUAAAAUCUUAAGUUGUGCCAUUCCAGAAUGUGCAGCCAUUUUUGCCAAAAGAACCACAGCUUCUGAUUGAAGAAUUCCAGAUACAAGUUAAGAAAAGUGAACUCGCUGGGUGUCAGCAAGGUGAAAGUCCUGUUCAACAGUUUUGUACCGGCUAAGGACAAAAAAAGCAAAUCAAACAACAUUUGAAGUCAACAAGGAAGUUACAUCAAUCUCAGUCACCAAGUGCUAACAUAUUUUUCUUAUUUCACUGUAUAUUGCUUCACAUUUUGACAGUUUGAAAUGUCAAUUUAACCACUCCUGUUCUAACUGAAAGAAUGUUAUAAUGGAUUGGAUCAUCAGUAGCAACUGUAAAUAUAAAUAAAAUAUAUAGAUAAUACAU